AUGUCUGGGUACGACAUUAAUCGAUUCUAGCCUCAACCUCAACAACAUCUGAUAUGUUUGGUUUGCAAUAAAGUAGUAAAAGACCCAUAUGAAUGCAAUUUUUGUGGUUAAAUGUACUGCUCUGAUUGUGUGGCAACAAAGCCUCCUUGCAAAAGCUCAGAUUGUGGAUAUCCACCAAAUUCUUCAGAUAAUACUCCUAAGUAUAUUAAAAUUUAAGGAGCAAUGCUUAAGGUUUAUAAGAACUUGUAAUUAUUCUGCUCAAAUCCUGAAUGCAAAAAAUUGUGUUCUAUUAUAGAUAUCGAAUAACAUCAAAAUCAAUGUAUUAAAGUUAAAUGUUUAAAUCAUGAAAAUUGUAAAGAGUUUUUGUCUGCUGAAGAGAAAUAUUAAACAUCAUAUUGCAGCAUACUAUGUGAGUUGACAGUGCAAUUGUUUGAAAAUGUGUCGGAUCCUAAAAAAUAAUACGAUAUUAUUAAGAAGCUUCAACAGAAGUUAACAGGAUCUGGAUAAGUAUCAGGCUUUCUAUCCUAAAAUAAAUAACCUGCAAUACAACCCGUUCUCAGUGUUGAUGGAUGUCCAAGUUUUAGAUGGGAUAAAAACAAAUGUGGCACAGGCAUUUAAUUGUUAAAUGGUGAUUCUAGUGUCUUCCUUAAAGAAAGUUCAUACAUUUUCAGAACAGUUUUGGGAGAUCAGGGAUUUGAAACUGGUAUUCAUUAUUGGGAAAUUGAAGCAGAUGCUAAAACUGAAAAUGAAUUAAAAAUUGGAGUUUGUUAAGGAAAUGCCAUUAAUUUGAAUGCUGCUUUCUGCGACUUAAAUCAAGGCUUCGCUUAUUAUGGAUUAGCAUAAUUAAGAAAUGGAAGCAAUGCAUCUGGAUAAACUUAUGGUAAAAGAUUCAAAAAAGAAGGAAUUCUUGGAGUUUGCUUAAACAUGCUUAAUGGUACACUCUCCUUCGCAUUAAAUGGCGAAUAUAUGGGUAUAGCAUUUAGAUCAGAUUUACUUAAAAAAGGACCAAUCUAUGCUGCUGUUGCAUUAUUGCAUUGUGCUGGAUGCACUCUUAGAACUGGAAAACAAAAACCUCAAUAUAUGGAAUGA